GAUACAUCUUCCACUUAGUUUUGUAAGGCUUAAUUAACAAGCCAUGGAGUACUCGCCGAAGCUAGCGGUGCUACUGCUCUUAGCUCUUGUCUCCGCCAUGGCGGUCACGGCCCAGAACUCGCCGGAUGAUUUCGUGGACGCCCACAACGCGGCGCGCGCUGAGGUAGGCCUCGGCAAGGUGACGUGGAACGCCACGGUGGCGGCCUACGCGCAGGAUUACGCGGAGCAGCGCCGCGGCGAUUGUCAGCUGAUACAUGGAGUGAACCGGCCGUACGGGGAGAACCUCUACGGAGGCGACGGCUUUGGGACCACGUGGACGGCGGCGAACGCCGUGUCAUCAUGGGUGAGUGAGAAGCAGUACUACGACCACGGCAGCAACAGCUGCUCGGCGCCGGCGGACAAGUCGUGCAUGCACUACACGCAGGUGGUGUGGCGCAACUCGACGGCCAUCGGCUGCGCCCGCGUCAUCUGCGCCAGCGGCAACGGCGUGUUUAUCAUAUGUAGCUACAGCCCACCGGGCAACUACCCCGGGGUGAGCCCAUACUAGGCUACGUAUCUUCGUCAUUGAUAUUGUACGUACGUGGCUAUGCAUGCAUGCACUUAUAUAGCAGCGUACUGCAUAAAUAAAAUAAUCAAAGUGUAACCGUCCCGGAAGAUGUGAUCGGCUAUGGAUAUAUAUUGUCGUGAAUUCA